CUGACGUUGGUGCGCACCAUGCUGACGGUCGCCUUUCCCCGAGCCCAGGUGUGCGAGAUCAUCGAGAGCCCCCUCUUCCUGAAGCUGAACCCCAUGACCAAGCACACGGAUCUGCCGGUCAGUGUCUUUGAGUCGGUGAUCGACAUCAUCAAUGGAGAGGCCACCAUGCUGUUCGCGGAGCUGACCUACACGCUGGCCACGGAGGAGGCGGAGCGCAUUGGGGUCGACCACGUGGCCCGAAUGACGGCGACCGGCAGCGGGGAGAACUCCACGGGUGAGCUUUGGGGGGGGGAACCCCCCCAGGG